GGAGCUGAUCGCGCCUGCGCAUUGAGCGCCAGAAGGCGUGCUCCGCGGAACCCGACAGCGCGGCAGCUUCUCCUCAGAGGGAGCGUCUGCCACCGUCGUCGCAGCCAUGAGUCGUACUUACAACGAUGAGUUACAGUUCCUGGAAAAGGUCCAUAAAAACUGCUGGAGAAUCAAGAAGGGCUUCGUGCCCAACAUGCAGGUUGAAGGAGUUUUCUAUGUGAAUGAUGCUCUGGAGAAAUUAAUGUUUGAGGAAUUAAGGAAUGCCUGUCGAGGUGGUGGUGUUGGUGGCUUCUUGCCAGCCAUGAAACAGAUUGGCAACGUGGCAGCCUUGCCUGGAAUUGUUCAUCGAUCUAUUGGGCUUCCUGAUGUCCAUUCAGGCUAUGGGUUUGCUAUUGGGAAUAUGGCUGCCUUUGAUAUGAAUGAUCCUGAAGCGGUGGUAUCCCCAGGUGGUGUCGGAUUUGACAUCAACUGUGGUGUGCGCUUGCUGAGAACCAAUUUGGAUGAGAGUGAUGUCCAGCCUGUGAAAGAGCAACUCGCCCAAGCUAUGUUUGACCACAUUCCUGUUGGGGUGGGAUCAAAAGGUGUGAUCCCAAUGAAUGCCAAAGACUUGGAGGAGGCCUUGGAGAUGGGCGUGGACUGGUCCCUAAGGGAAGGCUAUGCCUGGGCUGAAGACAAGGAGCACUGUGAGGAGUAUGGAAGGAUGCUGCAAGCUGACCCCAACAAGGUCUCUGCAAGGGCCAAGAAAAGAGGCCUUCCUCAGUUGGGGACCCUAGGAGCAGGCAACCACUAUGCAGAAAUCCAGGUUGUGGAUGAGAUUUUCAAUGAAUAUGCUGCUAAGAAAAUGGGCAUCGACCAUAAGGGACAAGUGUGUGUAAUGAUCCACAGUGGAAGCAGAGGCUUGGGCCACCAAGUAGCCACAGAUGCACUGGUAGCUAUGGAAAAGGCCAUGAAGAGAGACAAGAUCAUAGUCAAUGACCGUCAGUUGGCUUGUGCUCGAAUUGCUUCUGCAGAGGGUCAGGACUACCUAAAGGGAAUGGCAGCAGCUGGGAACUAUGCCUGGGUCAACCGCUCGUCUAUGACCUUCUUAACACGUCAGGCUUUUGCCAAGGUCUUCAACACAACCCCUGACGACUUGGACCUGCAUGUGAUCUAUGAUGUUUCUCACAAUAUUGCCAAAGUAGAGCAGCAUGUGGUGGAUGGAAAGGAACGGACACUGUUGGUGCACAGAAAGGGAUCCACCCGUGCUUUCCCUCCUCACCACCCCCUCAUUGCUGUUGAUUACCAACUCACUGGACAGCCAGUACUUAUUGGUGGCACCAUGGGAACUUGUAGUUAUGUUCUUACUGGCACUGAACAGGGCAUGACUGAGACCUUUGGAACAACCUGUCAUGGAGCGGGCCGWGCAUUGUCCCGAGCAAAAUCUCGGCGUAAUUUAGAUUUCCAGGAUGUUUUAGACAAAUUGGCAGAUAUGGGAAUUGCGAUCCGUGUUGCCUCACCCAAACUGGUUAUGGAAGAGGCUCCUGAGUCCUAUAAGAACGUUACAGAUGUGGUAAAUACCUGCCAUGAUGCUGGAAUCAGCAAGAAGGCCAUUAAACUGAGACCAAUUGCUGUUAUCAAAGGGUAGAACCUUGAUGGGAGCCUCUGGACGCCACUGACCCUCAGUGAAGUGGCUGUGAACUGCAACAUUCUUCAGACGUCAGACUUGAGACUUGGCAAGUUCAAAGURUGCUGCUGAAACUGUCCRUGCCAAAAUGGCURCUGAYCCCAGAGCCAGUGUUGUGAAAUAACCUUCCAGAGGGGACCAUCUGGAAAGGAUGAAAGUGCUUCCUCCUCAGUAGUCCCAUAGACUUUUAGRAAAAUCUUUUAGGGGGAGGUAUCAAGAAACUCCCUUUAAUCAUCAGAAUGAACKCCUUCACACCAGAUUCUGUUUACAUCCUAAUAGGUGUCAUGAAGAACAUUCUAUUAAAUAUAAUUUUGGAAUGUUCUCUUUUUUCCCCUCACUUUAUUCAUUCACUGACUCAUCUACCAACCACCCCUGCACUAAACAAAAUC